AUGCCGAUCGACUCGUCAACAUGGAAGGAGUACAGCAAGAUGGACGCCGAGUUGGAAGCCCUGCUACCCAAUCUACCACCGAGCAAGUCUUUCGAAGACUACUCAUCGGCUGUCGAAUUGCGUCAGUCUUUCAAUGAGCAAGUCGCUCAGCUGAUCGCAGCUGGUAUUGUGACUUUCCCAGACUGGACCGGGUACCACAAAUCCGAAAUUCAAAUCCCCACGCGCGAUGGCGCAUCGAUGCGUUCGCUGGUGUACCAUCCAGAGGGCAAAGAGGCAGGGCCGUUGUAUGUGUACUUCCACGGCGGAGGAUGGAGUUUCGGGAUGCCGGAGUAUGGCGAGGGUAUGGCGGAAGUAUUGGUGAAAGAGUUGGGCUUCACGGUCGUAAGCGUUGGGUACAGGUAUGGACCUGAGCACGUCUUUCCUACUGCCGCGCAUGAUGCUAUCGAUGCGGUCAAAUGGUGUGGCGAAAAUGCAGCGUCGUUGGGCGCCAACCCUUCUAAAGGCUUCAUCGUGGGAGGAACGUCAGCUGGAGGCAAUCUGGCAGCUGUAGCAGCUCAUCAGGUUGUUGAUGACAAUUUGUCUCCGAAGGUGACUGGCGUCGUCCUCCUGUCUGCCCCGUUGUGCCAUCGCGAAGCCAUGCCAGAAGAGUACAAGCCACACAUAUCCAGCUGGGAGGACCACAAAGACGGCCUGGUACUGAGCCGACAAGCCAUUGAAUGGUUCUAUGGCAACUACAAACCAGACCCUAUGUCACCGUUGAUGAGUCCGUUGAUCUGGAAGAGCCAUCAAGGCCAACCCGCUACGUAUCUGCAGGUUAUGGGGUGA